UAGUGGUCGGCCCCUAAUUUGGUUUUGGUUUUGAAUAUAAUUUAAACAGUAUUUUUUUUUGCUUAUCGGUUGAUUCAAUACUACAGUACAUUAUUAUACAGUUUAUUGAGUGAACCAUUGGUUUUCACUUUUUGUUGUUUUGUGUUUUGUAUUGUAUUUUUCAAUACACAGUAUAAGUGUUAAACACAUUCACUGUAUGUUUACAUCAGUUUCCGCGCGCCGACAAUAAUACUACAGUAAUAUAACACCCAAUCAAUUGAAUUGUCACCUAAAGCUGAUCCAACAGUUUUUUGUUGUUGUUGAUUGUUGACACUUAACCAACUAAUUAACCAAUAGACAUCAUCAUCAGCAGCAAUAAUAAUGGGCCGAACAAAGACACGCGAAACGACGACAACGGCGGCGGCCGUCGUCGAUGAAGAGGAACAAGAGUUUGCCGUCGAAAAGGUGGUCGAAAAGCGUAAUGUCAAAGGAAAGAUCCAGUAUCUGAUCAAAUGGCAGGGCUAUGGCGAUGAAGAGAACACAUGGGAACCGGUCGAGAAUCUUGAUUGCGACGAUCUGAUCGAAAAGUUUGAAGAAGACCGAAAGGCUAAGGCAGCCAAACGAUCGUCGUCGGCAUCGGCAGCGGCCGCCGAUAGUUCGCCAGCAGCGGCAGCUGAGAAGCGUACUCGACGGGCAACGCCUGGUCGGCCGCCGAAAGAGCGAUCGAUUGAAGAAGAUUUUGAGGAUGCAAUGAAAAAGCCGCGCGGCGGUUUCGAACGUGGCCUACGACCCGAUCGUAUACUCGGAGCUACCGAUGCUUCCGGCGAAUUGAUGUUUCUGAUGAAAUGGUUGGACUCGGACGAAGCGGAUCUGGUGCCGGCAAAGAUGGCUAAUAUUAAGUGUCCGCAGGUUGUCAUCAAGUUCUAUGAGGACCGUCUGACUUGGCAUCAAAAUCAGGAAGAAUUGACCGCCGGUUCAAAUAAAAACGAUUCUUAGAUCUCAUUAUUAUUUUUUGUAUUAUUAUUAUUAUUAUUAAGUAUUUCCGUAUUAUUACUAU